GGUUGACCUGAGCGGUCGCCCUCCUCCGCGAUGGCCGCGCCGGUGACGCGGCAGGUCAGCGGCUGCGCAGGCCGGGUCCCGAGCCCGGCCGGCUCGGUCACAGAGCGCGGGCAGCCGCUAGCGGCCGCCGUAGCGGAGCUGCCCGUGCUGGACGCGUCUGGAAGACGGGUGACGUUCGGAGCGCUGUUCCAAGAGCGGCGAGCCGUAGUGGUGUUUGUGAGGCAUUUCUUGUGUUACGUCUGUAAAGAAUAUGUCGAAGAUCUGGCCAAAAUCCCCAAGAGCGUCCUCCGAGAAGCAGAUGUCACCCUCAUAGUGAUUGGACAGUCAUCAUACCAUCAUAUUGAGCCUUUCUGCAAACUGACUGGAUAUUCUCAUGAAAUCUAUGUUGAUCCUGAGAGAGAAAUUUACAAAAGAUUGGGAAUGAAAAGAGGUGAAGACAUUUCCUCCUCUGGACAGAGCCCCCACAUAAAGUCCAACCUGCUCUCGGGAAGCCUUCAGAGCCUGUGGCGGGCAGUCACUGGCCCACUUUUUGAUUUCCAAGGAGACCCAGCUCAGCAAGGAGGAACCCUCAUUUUAGGUCCAGGUAACAACAUCCACUUUGUGCACCGAGACAGGAAUAGGUUGGAUCACAAACCCAUAAACUCUGUUUUACAGCUUGUGGGGGUUCAGCCUGUGAACUUCAUGAGCAGACCUACAGUCAUCCACGUGUGACUUUACGUGGCAUCUUCCACUUGUGAAUGGGCCCUUAAAACGUGAACCAAAAUGCCAGGCACUAUGGCUUCAAUAGGGCUAUGAAACACAGAACUUAUGUGCCUAUAGAACUACAUGCUGAGGGACAUCAGUUGUCAGAAAUGGAACAGACAGUUUAAAUCUUAUAGCUUCUAUAAUUUUAUACAAAAUAUAUAAAAGUCAAACAUUAUAAAACUAUCAUUGUUAAUAUCAUUUUAUGAUUAUCCACUCAAUAAAAGAUUUUUGGCAACUAAAAUAUAUAUAAGAAGGGGGCGCUAGAAAAAUCACUCAGUGGUUAAGAGCAUUGCUUCUCUUGCAGAAGACCCAGGACCCAGGUUUGGUUCCCAAAACCCACAUGGUAGCUCUCAAUUGUCUGUAACUCCAGUUCCAAUGGAUCCAACACCUUAUAGCCUCCAGUACACAUGCAUACAUAUAGGCAAACACUCAUACACAUAAAACAACAAAUCUUUUGUUUUUCUU